AGGGUCAAGAGCAAGGCUAGGAAGAGAAAUUAGAGGUGGAGGCAGGCACAGUCCAACCCUUCUCCCCUGCUCGGGUCUUCUCUCCCCUCCCAGGUGCUAUGCUGCUGCUCCUGCUGGGUUUGCUAAGCCCGGCGGCCUGCUGGGCACUGGGCCCGGCUAGCCCUGGCUCCCCAGAGCUGCGGUCAGCCUUCUCGGCAGCGCGCACCACCCCGCUGGAGGGCACGUCGGAAAUGGCGGUGACCUUCGAGGUGUACGUGAACAUCGGGGGGGACUUCGAUGCGGGCCACCGGGCGGUUAUCCGCUGCCGCGUGCCCGGCGCCUACUUCUUCUCCUUCACGGCCGGCAAGGCCCCGCACAAGAGCUUGUCGGUGAUGCUGGUGCGCAACCGCGACGAGGUGCAGGCGCUGGCUUUCGACGAGCAGCGGCGGCCGGGCGCGCGGCGCGCUGCCAGCCAGAGCGCCAUGCUGCAGCUCGACUACGGCGACACGGUGUGGCUGCGGCUGCACGGCGCUCCGCAGUACGCGCUGGGCGCUCCCGGCGCCACCUUCAGCGGCUACCUGGUGUACGCCGACGCCGACGCCGACGCGCCUGCGCGCGGGGCUGCGCCCCCGGACCCGCGCUCCGCCUUCUCGGCGGCGCGCACGCGCAGCCUGGUGGGCUCGGACGCUGGCCCCGGGCCGCGCCACCGGCCGCUGGCCUUCGACACCGAGCUGGUCAACAUAGGCGGCGACUUCGACGCGGCGGCCGGCGUGUUCCGCUGCCGCCUGCCCGGCGCCUACUUCUUCUCCUUCACGCUGGGCAAGCUACCGCGCAAGACGCUGUCGGUGAAGCUGAUGAAGAACCGCGACGAGGUGCAGGCUAUGAUUUACGACGACGGCGCCUCGAGGCGCCGCGAGAUGCAGAGCCAGAGCGUGAUGUUGCCGCUGCGGCGCGGCGACGCCGUCUGGCUGCUCAGCCACGACCAUGAUGGCUAUGGCGCCUACAGCAACCACGGCAAGUACAUCACCUUCUCAGGCUUUCUGGUGUACCCAGACCUCGCUGCCGCCGGCCCGCCGGCCCUCAAGCCCCCCGAGCUCUGAGCCUCAGCUUGGAGGAACCCGGGAAGGCCGUGGGGUGUGCAUGCCGAGCCGGGACCGCAGCCCGAACGCCUCACCGGCCCGAGCAUAACAACCUGCUCAACGCGCCUCGACUCUGCCAAUAAAUGGGCCUGCCUCUGUCAGCCCAGGGCCCUG